AUGAGAAAGCCUUUGAAUGCAGCUCCAAUGGGUUCGUCGGUGGUUGAACAGAUCGCAAGGAAGGGAGAUCUAAUCUCCGUCAGGCUUCCCUUGGUUCACUAUCUUUGUCUCUGUCAGCCACCAAUUGUGGAAAGGAAAGGGACGGAGGCAGCAGUGCUGCCGUCAAGUGGCAGUGAAGGCUGCUCCUUCUUCUAUCCGACAACAAUCACGCAUGGAGGGAAAGACUUCGGUCCUCUGUUGAUCGGAGAAGAAAGAAACACAAAAACAGUCAGAAAUUGGCCGAUGAAUCUUAAUCGAUCGCAAGGAAGGGCUACAAUCGGUGGUGAGAAGUUGCUAAAACGAAGGUGA